CUUUUCCCUCAUCAGCUAGAUUAAUUAGGAGGAAGGAGAUGAACACGUUUGAUCAAGCCCUAAGUUCUUCGCAUCUUUUCCUCUCGAUCUCUUCACUUUCUCGGCCGUGAUCACUUCCAUGAGACGUCGUUGUUAUACACAUGAGGAAGCUUUGUCCGAAUAUUGAUAGAGACGAUGGCCUCGAGACUGUUCUCGAGGUCCCUAUACCGGAAGAGAUGUUCACUAGUAUGGGAAGCAAUGUCACCUUACGGUGGCAAAACAUGCAGACAUGGAUGAAGGCUCAGACCUCCGACAAAUGGUCGGCGCCGGUCAUUGCCGGACGUUUUAAUGAGCUCCGGUUCUUGCUUUACCUUGUAGGCUCUCCUCUUAUCCCUCUUCAAGUUCAGUUGGGUCAUACCGUUCACCGUCCAGUUAGAGAUUCUUCAAUUCAAGCUUCAACUGCCAAGUACAUUGUGCAACAGUACACAGCGGCGACGGGAGGCCAAGCGGCAUUGAACGCAGUAACCAGCAUGUGUGUUACCGGGCAGGUUAAGAUUAGUGCAUCAGAAUUUCACCAAGGGGACCUGAGCCUCGAGGUGAAAAAGAGCGCCGCCGAGAGUGGUGGAUUUUUGCUUUGGCAAAAGAAUCCAGACUUGUGGUGCUUAGAGCUUGUUGUGUCUGGCUGCAAGGUCAUAUGUGGAAGCAAUGGCAAGCUUUCUUGGCGGCAUUCCUCUAACCAACAAACUCCCAUCUCACAAGGUCCUCCUAGACCCUUGCGUCGUUUUCUCCAGGGUUUGGACCCAAGAGCCACGGCACUUCUAUUCGCAGAUGCAAUGUGCAUCGGCGAGAAGAUCAUCAACAAUGACGACUGCUUCAUACUCAAGCUGGAAACAAGUCCGGCGAUUCGCGAGCAACAAAGGGGUCCAAACUAUGAGAUAAUCCACCACACAAUAUGGGGAUACUUCAGCCAACGUUCUGGUCUCCUUGUACAAUUCGAGGACUCAAGGCUACUUAGGAUGACCAACAAGGGAGACGACACAGAUGUGUUCUGGGAAACCAGCACUGAGUCUUUCAUACAAGACUAUAAGUACGUUGAAGGACUCAACAUUGCGCACAGCGGAAAAACACGAGUCAAGGUUUUCAGAUAUGGCGAGCAGUCUGCAAACCACAAGAGGGAGAUGGAAGAAACGUGGAAGAUUCAUGAGGUGGAUUUUAACAUAUGGGGUUUGACUGCUGAGAGCUUUCUGCCUCCUGCUGAUAUAGAUAAGAAGAAGCAGGACAGUUGAUUCAUGCAUCAUC